AUGUCUGGACGAGGGAAACAGGGUGGCAAGGCGCGCGCCAAGGCCAAGUCUCGCUCGUCAAGGGCGGGCUUACAGUUCCCGGUCGGCCGGAUCCAUCGCCUGCUUCGCAAAGGCAACUAUGCCGAGCGAAUUGGUGCUGGUGCUCCUGUGUACUUGGCGGCAGUGUUGGAAUAUCUGACCGCAGAGAUCUUGGAAUUAGCAGGCAACGCGUCUCGUGACAACAAGAAGACCCGCAUCAUCCCGCGCCACCUGCAGCUGGCUAUCCGUAAUGAUGAGGAGCUCAACAAGCUACUGGGUGGUGUGACCAUCGCUCAGGGAGGUGUCCUGCCGAACAUCCAGGCCGUGCUGCUGCCCAAGAAGACGGAGAGCCACCACCACAAAGUCCAGAGCAAAUAA